AUUACCACUCGGCACCAUCUUGAUCCACCAGAUUACAAAGUAUCGCCACGUAUGCGCUACAGUAAUUUGAUGAAUUAAUACUCAUUUGCCUAUUUUUUUAUGAAGAUGAAACAUAUGUUUAGGUUGAUGUCGUCGCCUUACGAAAUUUUUUGUUUUAUCUAACAAUCUUAAUUUUCAAUUUUGUUUAUUCAAUCUUGACAAAAUCAUCUUUAUCAUUCUUUUAACAAACUUCUGAAUCACAUUUAACUCACGAGACUCUGUUUUAAAUAUUCCAAUGAAAUGAGUUCUUCGUCUGACGAUUCCGAUGAUCUGCCUAUAAUUACUCUUGUGCAGAAACAUGUAGAGCAGUCUCCUCCUAAUGCACUUUCCGCUAAAAAGUCAGAGACGAAAAAGAAGCGACCAAGUUCCGAGUUAAAAAGGAGCACUCGCAAAAAACGAACGAGCGAUGUUGAAAGAAAUCCUUCUCGUCCUCCCUCAAUUGGUCACACAAAAUAUACACCCUUAGAGGAGCAGUACAUCUGUCUAAAAAGACGUUAUCCCGAUACGAUUCUUGCUGUAGAGGUGGGAUACAAAUACAGAUUCUUUGGAGAAGAUGCGCGAACGGUCUCUUCUAUUCUUCAUAUCGGUUGUUAUUUAAGUCAUAACUUCAUGAACGCUUCUAUUCCGAAUUUUCGUGCGGACUUCCAUUUACAACGGUUAAUACAUGCUGGACUAAAGGUUGGCGUUGUCAGACAAACAGAAACAGCUGCUUUAAAAUCCCAAAGUACGACGAAAAGUAAAAUCUUUGAACGUGAUGUGACGGAAGUAUAUACUAGGGGAACAUAUCUGGCUCCAGUACCAUCAGUACGAGAAGCGCCAACUCAGGGCGACUUUACUCAAGACUCGUGUAUUCUUUGCGUGACGGAACAGCCUCGUGGCGGUACAGGUGUUAACGAGAAAGUUCUUUUUGGAAUUGUUGCUGUAAAUCCCGUAGACGGAAAUGUCGUGUACGACGAAUUUGAAGACAGCUUUUUACGAGGUGAACUACAAACUCGAUUUUCUCAUCUUCAUCCUUGUGAACUGAUAUACACUCCUGAUUUCUCACAAACUUCUUCCACUUGCAUUGAGUCUUACAAAAAAACAGAAGAGAAAGACGGAUCGCUCAUAUGGACACAGGAGUUAAAAGGGAUUACGCCGGAUGCGGCUUUUGUAAAUAUAAAGGACUUUUAUUGCGCAAAGUUUGGACACGUCAAGCACUCGUUACUUGAUCUUCACCUAACAAAAAUUAUAAAUCUUCCUAAACUUGUUCUUGUAUGCUUGAGCUUGAUGAUUGAUUAUAUGACCGAGUUCUCAAUGGAAAACAUUUUCACAAUGACACAGAAUUUUCAGGAUUUCAGGUCUAGCAACACGAUGCUGCUCAGCAAUAAUACGUUAAAAAACCUGGAAGUAUUCCGUAACCUUACUGACUAUUCUAUCGUUGGCAGUUUGUACUGGGCUGUUGAUCAUACCUAUACUCGAUUUGGUCAGCGUAUGCUGCGUGCAUGGAUACAAAGACCUCUCCUAAACAAAGAAGAAAUUAUUAAGCGACAGGAGGCUGUGGGUGAACUUGCUUUUUCCCAAAGUGCUUCUGUCGAACGUUUGCGUCACUUACUAUGGCGCUUACCUGAUUUGGAAAAAGGUCUUUCAAAAAUAUACUAUAAACGAGCAUCUCCGGCGGAAUUACUUAUAAUUUUACGCGGAUUUUACAGUUUAUCAAGCGCGUUUUAUGGUGCUACGAAGACCCCGUUUCAUUCAACCUACCUGAACAUGCUAAUUGGUGUAUUUCCACAGGCUUAUGAUUUUGUUGAUGAGCUAUUAAGCUCUAUUCACCCAGAUGAGGCACAAAAGAAUAACAAAAUAGGGCUAUGGACCGAUGAUAAGGAGUUGUUGAGUAGUGAUUCUAGUCUCAGCCAGGAAAAUACUCUAAAAAGUCAAAUACGUGAACACAAAAUGGCAAUAAUUAUGGCACAAGCGGAUCUCCAGGUUCAUUUGGAAGAGUUGCAAAAACUGUUUAACUAUCCUGAGCUUGAGUACAAGACGUGGGGCAAUAUUGAGUAUUGCGUUGAGUUGUCUCGUGGAUGCAAAACUGUACCUACAGAUUGGAUUAAAUUGAACAGUACUGCACGCCUGGCACGGUAUCAUUCACCGAAAAUCUCUAGAACAGUGUUGGAAAUUAAUCAACAUAGGGAAAGUCUACAGGCUUUAAGUAAUGAACGGUAUAUGGAAUUCCUGGAUUGUAUCCUUCGUGAUUACGAAAAACUACGGAAUAUUGUCUCGGCUGCUGCUUCUUUAGACUGUCUUAUGUCUUUGGCGAAAGUCGCUGCCCAACCCGGCUAUGUAAAACCAGAAUUUACUGAUGACAAAUUUGACUUACUGGGUUGUCGUCAUCCAAUGGUUGAGCUGUUGCUUGAGAGGCCUUAUGUUUCCAACGACAUAUGCCUUCAAAGAGAUGGCCUUCGUGCUUUACUUAUUACUGGGCCAAAUAUGGGCGGGAAAAGCUCCAUCAUUCGACAGGUCGCACUUAUUAGUAUUCUUGCACAACUCGGCUCUUUUGUGCCUGCAAAGUCCGCGAGAUUACCCAUGUUGGACAAAAUACUAACGCGAAUGAGUUUUCAUGAUGAUAUGUUAAACAAGAAAUCGACGUUUAUGAUUGAAAUGAAUGAGACACAGCGUGUUCUCAGGGACGCUACCGAUCGGUCACUACUAGUUUUUGAUGAACUUGGUCGAGGUACGAGCACCUUAGAUGGGGAAGCAAUCUCAUAUGCAGUCAUGAAUUAUCUGUUAUCGUCUACAAAGGCAUUUAUUUUGUUUGUUACUCACUAUCCUGGGUUGAGAGUUUUGGAAGAUUUGUAUCCAUCUAACAUAAUGUGCUGCUACAUGGGAUACUCGAAAAAUCAAACAAUCGAGUCACAUACCAAAUUUUCAGCAUCUAAUUUAAUUUACUUUUUGUAUAAGCUCGUUCCGGGGACAGCUCCAAAAAGUUAUGGUCUUAAUGUCGCACAUAUGGCUAAAAUUCCUAUAGGUGUCCUUCUUCGGGCCGAAAAAGUUUCAGCUAAUUUGGAAAAAAAACAUAAAGAGAAAGAGCUUUCUCAGUUCGCCAAAUGGAUUCGGCAUAUCAUAAGCGACGAAGAGGGUUUAACUCCUAAGAUGAUGCAGGCAUUGCUUAGAGAGUGUCAAAUACUCUAUGAUCCGGACUAGUGGACUAUUUGACUUAUAUACAAUGUAUUAUUAUGACUUCGAUAUCUAUACGAGGGUGAUUGAAAAAAUUGAAAUAGAAGUAAUAUUGCCGCUUAGAGGGCGUUUAUAUACACAUUUGUUGCUAAACAACGUAUAUAACAAAUAACCAUUUCUGCACUUAGCAUCAAGAAUGUAUUAAACAUAAUGAGUAUUACUCAUUCUAGCUAAAUAGGAACAAUAACAACAAAGGGAAAACAGCGGUAUCUGAAUAAAAAGCAUCGAAUCCGUA